ACCUUUUUCUUUUCUGCAUGUCUGCAUUCAAGUGUAUAUAUAUAUAUAUACAGUGAAGGGUAUCGCAUAGAGAGAUCACAGUGUAUUCAUUUCUGGUUCUGGACAAUCUCUGAAGAAUUUUUCCGGAAAUGCCCUCGGCAAUCUCCAUUGUCAUCGGUGGUGUUGUCCCGUUCUUCUUAUUCUUCGUUUUCUUGAGGAAGCUCCUCGUGUUCUCCAGAAAGAGGGCGAUGGAUUGUUCUAACCUCCCCACCGUUCCUGUGGUACCAGGAGUGCCCUUGUUAGGGAACUUGCUGCAGCUGAAAGAGAAGAAACCCAACAAGACUUUCACCAAAUGGGCUGAGGUUUAUGGUCCCAUUUACUCCAUCAAGACCGGCGCUUCCACCGUCAUCGUUGUCAAUUCCGCCGAUAUGGCCAAAGAGGCUAUGGUGACUCGGUUUUCUUCGAUUUCGAUGAGGAAACUAUCAAAUGCACUGGAAGUCCUUACUUGCAAUAAGAGUAUGGUAGCCACUAGUGAUUAUGAUGAUUUCCACAAAAUGGUCAAGAAAUGUCUCUUGAAUGGCCUCUUGGGUCCAAAUGCACAGAAACGGAAACGAUACUAUAGGGACGCCCUCGUUGAAAAUGUGUCUUCCAAGUUGCACUCCUUCGUGAGGAACCAUCCUCAAGAACCCGUGAACUUCAGGGAAAUAUUCGAGUACGAGCUUUUUGGACUGUCGAUGAAACAAGCGUUGGGAGAGGAUGUGCAAUCCAUUUACGUCAAGGAACUUGGCAAGACUUUGUCGAGAAAAGAGAUAUUCAAGAUUCUAGUUCAUGACAUGAUGGAGGGCGCUAUCGAUGUCGAUUGGAGAGACUUUUUCCCGUAUUUGAGAUGGAUCCCGAAUAAGCAAUUCGAAACUAGAAUCCAACAGAAGCAUUUUCGCAGGCUCGCAGUGAUGAACGCGCUAAUUCAAGAUCAAAUGAAACAGAAAGAUUCUCAGAAGGAAGACGAUAGCUACCUCAGCUUCUUGCUGUCUGAAGCCAAGACACUUCCGAUGGAACAAAUCGCCAUCUUGAUUUGGGAAACGAUCAUCGAGACCUCCGACACAACUUUGGUCACGACGGAAUGGGCAUUGUACGAACUCGCCAAACAACAAAAUCUCCAGGAAUGUCUUUUGGAAGAAAUCCAGAGGGUAUGCGGAGGAGAGAAGGUCAAAGAAGAGCAAUUGCCUAAACUUCCUUAUCUCAACGGUGUUUUCCAUGAGACGCUCAGGAAGUACAGCCCGGCUCCUCUCGUUCCCAUUCGCUACGCCCACGAGGAUACACAAAUCGGCGGCUAUCAUAUCCCGGCGGGGAGUGAGAUUGCGAUAAACAUUUACGGAUGCAACAUGGACAAGAAACGCUGGGAGAAUCCGGAGGAGUGGAAACCCGAGAGGUUCCUCGACGGGAAAUGCGAUCCGUUCGACCUGCACAAGACGAUGGCUUUCGGGUCGGGGAAGAGGGUGUGUGCAGGCGCUCUCCAAGCGUCUCUCAUCGCGUGCGUCGCCAUUGGAAGGCUGAUCCAAGAUUUCCAAUGGAAGCUCAUUGAUGGCGAGGAAGAGAACGUGGACACACUUGGCUUGACCUCUCAGAAGCUUUAUCCUCUCAAAGCCGUUCUGAAACCUAGGCUUUCUUGAGGAGAUGGCGUCUCUCUUUCGCUCCUUUAUCGAACUUAUAAUUUUGUUUAAGGCUUAUAAUCUUGUGGUAAUGAAUAACCAGUGUUGUUACUGUGAUGAUUAAAAAUAAUUGAUUGAGUUAUAAAGUAUAGGCAUAAAUGAA